CGGAGUCUACGUGCUGCGGGAGGAUCCCUCAGAGGAGGGGAGACGGGAGAGGAGAAAUAGGGGCGCAUGCGCACGCCGCCCGAGUGCAGCCACCGCAGCUACUACAGCCCGCUGUUGUUGCCGUGCGAGAGCGAGAGCAGUAGCGGCGCGAGCGUGAGGGGGGAAAGAAGCGAAAGUUCGUCUCGCGCUCAGGGAACAGCGGCGGGAGGAGCAGCAGCAGCAGCAAGCAGCUUAACCGCCUGCUUGCCUGCUACGCGCGCGCCCAGCCUUCGGCCGGCCCUGAUUGGCGCGCGCGCCUGCCUCUCGUUCCAUUUCCACCUUUCCUUUUUUCCUCUCUCUCUCUCCCGUUCCUCCUCCCGUUUUGUUUUUGCGUUUCUCUCUCAUCUUCAGCGCGCGGUCGGGAUAAACGAGAGAUAGCUUUGCUGCCAUUAUUAUUACUACUACUAUUAUUUUGAUAAAAGUCCAAGCCAAGAAUUAAAAAGAAUAAGAAAGAUGGUGGACCGCGAGCAGCUGGUGCAGAAAGCCCGGCUGGCUGAGCAAGCCGAGAGAUACGACGACAUGGCGGCCGCCAUGAAGAACGUGACGGAGCUGAACGAGCCCUUGUCCAACGAAGAGAGGAACCUGCUCUCGGUGGCCUACAAGAACGUGGUGGGGGCCCGGCGCUCCUCCUGGAGGGUCAUCAGCAGCAUCGAGCAGAAGACCUCGGCCGACGGCAACGAGAAGAAGAUCGAGAUGGUGCGGGCCUACCGCGAGAAGAUCGAGAAGGAGCUGGAGGCCGUGUGCCAGGACGUGCUCAGCCUGCUCGACAGCUACCUGAUCAAGAACUGCAGCGAGACCCAGUACGAGAGCAAAGUCUUCUACCUGAAGAUGAAAGGGGACUAUUACCGCUACCUGGCCGAGGUGGCCACGGGGGAGAAGAGGGCGACGGUGGUGGAGUCCUCCGAGAAGGCCUACAGCGAAGCCCACGAGAUCAGCAAGGAACACAUGCAGCCCACUCACCCCAUCCGCCUGGGCUUGGCGCUUAACUACUCUGUUUUCUACUACGAGAUCCAGAACGCCCCCGAGCAGGCGUGCCACCUGGCCAAGACGGCCUUCGACGACGCCAUCGCCGAGCUGGACACCCUCAACGAGGACUCCUACAAGGACUCAACGCUCAUCAUGCAGCUCCUGCGCGAUAACCUAACGCUCUGGACAAGCGACCAGCAGGACGACGAUGGUGGUGAAGGCAACAACUAGGACCCCGCCCCCCCCUCCGGAUGGACUGGCAGCCGCACGCUGAUGCUACUACUGCAGUCUUUAAUUUUGUUUUCCCACAAGGUGUGGGGGGGAGGGGGUCGGGUGGGGGAGGGGGACAGAAAAACCACAAAAAGGAGGGGUGACCUUCCAGGGAGGCUCCCCCCGCAACCUGUCUUUGAUUGCCUCUUUUGACACUUUUGCCAAAACACAACUUAGCGGGAAAGGUCAGGCUUGGCUGUGCUUGGGUGGAAUGGAGUAACUCGAUCGUGGCAGCCUCACAAUGGCGAAUGGACUGUUCUGUAGACUUAUUAAUUCAAGGGGGAGCUGUCUUUUAAGUUAUCUUAAUCGCUAGGCGUACGUGGAAGUUGACGAUGACUAACUUGGAUGGAAUGGCCCUCUCUUUCGUUGUUGGGGUUUAAUUUUGUGUGUGUAUGUGUGUGUGCGUGUGUUUGUUUGAGAGAAGCAGUUCUGUGGUUCCAGUAAGGUUUCCCAUCCGUCUGUCUCCCGAGUUAAAAUGUCCCCCGCCUUUUCUGUUGUCGCGGUGCAUCUGUGCGUGUCUCCUCUCUGAUAUCUGGAACGCUAAUUACAGCAUAGUUUCAAAGCGGGAGGAAAGUCCCAGGCUCCAAAACCGCAAGAGCCCAUCUAGUCAGGAUGCUUGGGACAGCUUUCAGUAUUAACGCUUAAUUGCAGUUCUAACAGUGUUUUUCUACAUGACAGCCAUAUUUUUGACACCGAGCCAAUUGAGUGUAAACCUGAUUUGCUUGCUCUUUCUGGCUUGCCAUCUCCCUCGCAACCUUAACACAUGCAGAUGGGCUUCACCCACCCGACUCGGUUUCCCCAGUGGCCCAAAGGCCACCUGAAGAACAUCCACCUGUUUCUAUUGGCCAUUCUGCUGGGUGCUUCAUAAGCAGCUAUAUAAAGUCCCAAAAGGCCGCCCCCAGCAAGAAGCGUUCAUAAUACAAUUGGUCAAAGGAGGGGCUGCUGAACUGUAAUGCCAUUUGACUAAUUCAGGUCUGUACUGUAUGUCCCAUACUGUACCUGGUAUAUUCCAAGACCAUGCUGAUUUCUUCCUUUUUUUUUAAAGAAAGGACGAAGGUGAAGGUGUCAUGGCCCCUUCUUCAGGAAUCAUGCUGCCGUAGUGAUUAUAACCUGAUCCCCCCCCCCCCACUUCUGUGCCAGAAGAUUAUGGUUUGUUUUUUAAACCCCCCCCCAAAAAAAACCCCUUAGGCACUCUAGUACUUGUAGAGAAUUUGUUCACAUACAGGUCUCGAUUCCUUGAAGGGGGAAAAUAGAAAAUUAUGGUAGCUAAUCAUGUCGUUUUCUGUCAUUUUUCUACCCACCCGCCCACCUACCCCCUUUAAAAAAAGAAAGAAAAUGGAUUGAUGGUUUUCCUUCUCUGGUUGCCUGCUUUUGUUCAUCAGGGGCUGCAUAGAAGGAGAAUGGCCUCUAAUCCCCGCCCCCCCACCCCGGUGUAACACCAUUUGUCUUCCCCUUGUGGAGACGAAUCACUUCAUUUGACACAGUGGUGUGUGGUUUUUUUGUGUGCUCGCGUUGUUUGAUGCUUUGGGCAGUGGGGGUGAGCUGCUUUGGUGGCCCGCGAGUCCCAAAGGCUUGUCUGGGUUUUUAAAAAACGAAUCGACAACAGGCAAAACACUAGCAAGUCCAGCAUUAAAAGUAUCCAAUGCAGCUGCAUAAAAAAACCAAAACUUUUCUUGCAUUGUGAGAGUUUGCACUCGGUGACUUUUCCAUUAUUAUUAUUAUUAUUCUUAUUCAUUUUGUUUUGAGCCACCUUGGGGAAAGAGCCACGCCAAAAUCCCAUGGCUUAUCUUGCGUUCUGUAGAAUCGAACUAGAGGAGGGAGAGGCUUGCAACCUGGGUAAACGGACGGGAACCUUUUAGGAAAUGUCACGAGGCUACUUUGGCGGGCCUGUUUAGGCUUCUCUUUGGUUUGGAAUCAUGUAGUGUGAGCAGUGUGUCUCCCUGGCUUUGAAUUGGAAGUGAUUUACUGGAAUUACAAAACCUUUUCUUGAUGAUGAUGAUGAUGAUGAUGAUUUUUAUUUUUUUAUUUUUGCUCUGGCUGCUUUAGGAAAACUUUAUGCAGGGGGGAAAAAAGAUCGCACAAGAGGGCUAAAACCUACGGAGUCGCGGGUGGGGUGGGGACUUGUGAGCAGCUUGAAUGGUUUCUUUCGAUUUGUUUUGUUUUGUUAAGGAAAUGCACUUGCCUAUAUGAUAACUGUCUCUCCAGUGAAAUGAAUAACUGCUCCAUUAUUCUAUUGAUACAAUAUUGUGCAUGCUGGUGUUGUAUUUCUAUAAAGUAGCUUGAAAUUUAUUAACUUAUACUGUAGAUGUUAUGUAUUCCUAUGACAAAUAGUCUUCAACAAUUUUUUAAAGUUUUUUAAUUUAUUUUUUUCCCCUCCUAUUUUUUCCCCUUCCUUUUUGGGGGGUAAAAGUUUGCUCUACCAAAUAGUGAUCGUAACGAAACUGAUCUGUUAUGGAUGUUGCUAUAGUGACAUGCAAUUAUAUAUGAUUUUUUAAAAAAAGGAAAGCAAAAAGAAAACACCAGUGUUAGCUUAAUCUUAAUGUCUGGUGUUCGUCAUGGUGAAAUUAUAACUAUUACAGUGUAGGGGGGAAAUGACUAUGUUCUUUGAAUGAGCCUUUGUUUGUGCUUUUCUGUCAUGUUAUGCAGUGAACUCUUUUUAAGGUCUAAUCAGUGAUUAUUUUUCCAACUCCGUGUUUCUGUAAGGAAUUAUUUCACACACGGACCAUUCUUAGCAGUUUUCCUCAGUGAUGGAAUAUCAUGAAUGUGAGUCAUUAUGUAGCCGUCGUACAUUGAGCAAAUAAACUUACAGAUCUGAUGUCA